AAAUCGCCUUGUUUUGAAUUCAUUUGUUCACUGCGUGAUUGAUACAAAUUGGCAAAUUAUAGAUUAUUGCUAUUAUCCAAAUUUAAACAGUCUUAUCAGAUUCAGAAGAGGGUGGAGUAGUGAAUUAAACUUAAUAUUCUCCGUGGCUGCGAAUAGCCAUCAUGUCUCUUUUGUGUAACACCGGGGAUUGGUUCACGCUUGGCCAUGGCAAUUCUUACAGGAAAAUCGAUCUGUAUACAAUGGACUGGCCAGCUAGCAUUAAUCUCGAGCAAAUGACGGUUCACGCCGCUUCCUAUGGUGGACCGAUUGCCCUGGUUAAAGAUUUCAAACAAUUCCUCAAACUAUCUGGUACCGGGACUACCAAACCGAUGAUUCGAAUUUUUAACUGUGCUGGAAAAUUGAUUUCUUCUAUUACGUGGGACAAUGGAAAUCUCGUUUGCAUGGGUUGGUCAGAUGCGGAAGAGUUCCUCUGUGUGCAGAACGAUGGUUUCGUGUGGAUCUAUGACAUGUUCGGAAACUUUCAGCACAAGUUCAGCAUGGGAAAAGAUGUGACAGAGGUGAUCGAGGCUAAAAUUUUUGCCUCCAACUCCGGCACUGGCGUCGCGGUUAUCACAGCGAGCUACAAAAUUUACAUCGUAAAUAGCAUUAAAGAUCCGAAAUCGCGACCCCUAUCCGAGUUGCUGACACUCUCCAAGGACCUAACAUGCUGGGAAUUAGUGUCGAAAGAACGCAACACCUGUUGCCUAUUGGCUCGAGAUACAGAAGUUAUUCUAGCUCGACAUGGAGACAGUGCUCCGUUGACUCUCGUGAUUACGAUGAAAAGCGAAUUUAGUAGUAUUAUUGCACUGUCGGUGUCAUUCAAUCAUCGUCACCUGGCACUGUACACCAACACAGGAGUUCUCUGGUUGGGUUCGGCGGAUUUAAAAAAUAAGUACUGUGAAUAUGCCACGGGUCGCAGUGAACGGCCACAGCAGAUUAUGUGGUGCUGUGACGCAGAUCCACAUCCAGACAAGCAAGCAGUAGUCGUAAGCUAUCCAUCGAUGGUUCUGGUUGUUGGCAUGACCGGUGACUCUAACAUUUACACGUACGAUUCACCAACGGUGUUGAUUCAGGAGAUGGACGCGGUUCGGAUACUUACUAAUGGAUACCAUGAACUGAUUCAGCGUGUACCGAAGUGUACGAGUAACAUAUUCGGAAUCAGCAUCAGCGAACCGGCAAGCUUCCUUUUCGAGGCCCAUAGAAAAUUCCAGGAACGUAGUCAUCAGUCGGACGAGUACCUUUGUCUGAUACAGAGCCGUUUGGCAUCGGCGGUCGCCGAGUGUGUGGAUGCCGCUGGACAGGAGUUCGAUCCACACACCCAGAAAAGCUUGAUUCGAGCGGCCUAUUUUGGGAAAGGUUUUUUACCUGGUUAUAAUCCCGAAGGCUAUAUUGAAAUGUGUCGAGUUUUGCGGGUUCUGAACGCUUUGCGUGACAGGAAUGUCGGAAUGCCGCUCACUUUGAGACAAUUCAACUAUCUACAGCCGUUGGUGAUUCUGGAUAGAUUGAUUUUUCGUAAACAUUACGCAUUGGCAAUACAAGUUGCAAAGCAUCUCAAACUGCCCGAGUCACGGAUUUUGGAACAUUGGGCGUUUCACAAAAUCGUACACGACAAAAAUGAAGAAGAGGUUGCACGCAAAAUUUCGGAAAAGUUUCUUUCUCAUCAGACGUUGGAGCGCAUCUCGUUUGCGAAUGUCGCCAAAAAGGCCCAACAGGUGGGUAAGACGAAAUUAGCUAUCACUCUAUUGGAGCUGGAGCCACGCAAAAGCCUGCAGGUGCCACUGCUGCUGAAGUUGGGCGCUAACGAGAAGGCACUGAUGGCAGCAACGCAAUCCGGUGACACGGACCUUAUCUACAUGGUAAUCCUGGAGAUGAAAAGUACCACUGCGUUGGCCAAGUUCCAAAUGGUUAUCCGACGUUUUCCGCUUGCGCAGAACUUGUACAAAAAGUAUUGUCAGGCAAACAGUUUGUCCACGUUGAAAGACAUCUACUCUCAGGAGGAUGAUUUCCAGUCACAGGCAGAGCUAGGGCUACGGGAAGCGUUGGAAAUUAGCAACGUCGAGGUGUCUAUUCCGGAUAUCAGUGGUAACUAUAAGAAGGCUGGCAAGUUACUAGAAACAGAGGCUUGUGACGAGGCGAAAAAAUUUAUGAAGCAUCAGAAGGCUAUCGAUGAGAAGUACCAGAAGCGGUUAUAUGGACUUCCGUUGCAUGCAACAAUUCGGCAACUGUUGCUUCUGGGCGAUUUGAAAUAUGCUGAACGAUUGAAGAGCGAAUUUCGCAUGCCGGACCGUCGCUACUGGUGGCUCCGUGUUCAAGUUCUCUCCCAGCAGUUCCAGUGGGAGGAACUGGAGCGUUUUUCCAAAUCAAAAAAGAGCCCGAUUGGCUACGAACCGUUCGUAGAGGUGUGCCUCAGCCAACGGAAGGUGGACGAAGCUAAGCGAUAUCUGCCUCGUUGCAGCGAAGAGAACAAACUAAAGUGGUACCUGCGGGCCGGGUGCUACGUCGAAGCGGCCACCAUUGCCUACGAACAGAAGGAUAUCGAUAGUCUGCUGAAAAUUUACGAUUACUGUUCCAACGAUUCAGCUCUGUCGGCCAAGGUGGAGAAUUUAAUCGGGCAGCUGUCGUCCAAAAAAUGAUCUUUCCUAACAGAACGCUGUGUUGUUGUUGGUAGGAAACGAAAUAUAAGUUGUGUAACAAUUAUUAGUUCUACUAAGAUUACCCCUAUGUACCCAUUUCGUAUAUUUCAGAACGAUAUUUGAUUCAAGAUCAAUCUUGGACGAAAUAAACUAGCAAACUCAUACCUCAUAGUUGUAUUUUCUCCUUUU